CACACAGUGAGACGGAGGCUGAGCAGGCGUAUGCUUAGCGAAGAUCGAAACGAUGGGUACAACUGAGAACGGUAAAUAGCUAACCUCAUUGCGAAAUCGCAUGAGAUUACUGCCACGGCGAUUGGGGCCCUGACUCGGAGGCGAACGCCAGCGUAGCGUAAGUCAGUGCGUGUUGCAUUCGAUGCUUUAAUCUGAUAGCUAAUGCCUUGCCAUUAAUUCUGCCACAGUCGCUGUAACCACAAUUGCGGCAGUCAGAAUAGCUCGUAUACUGGGUUAUGCCGUGGCAACGAAGAUUAAACCAUCAACGGCCUUCACUCUACGGUUGUACUCAUAGAAGUACACGUAUAUCCGUUGCUCAGUGUCGAUUACUGUGUGCCUGCGAUAGUGCUAAUGUGAAACAGCGGGGAGUGAAGGGAGAAACACGAAGUGAGGGAAAGCUAAAGGACGGGUGCAAGCCAAGAUUCGUACUAGCCUUAUUAAGAACGAGGUCGAAAGAAAAGAAGCCAAAUAGCAGUCAGAGUGCGUCUAUGGUGAGUGCAUGAACCGAGUCGUAGGUUAGUCUAUCGAGUGGACGGAAGCACUGGGAUGCGAAAGAGGCACGUACGUACAGCCUGAUAAGCGGAACGUACUCGUACAUUCCUACCGAAAAAAAGAGAACGGAAAGAUCUACAUGUCAAUCCGAUAAUUAUAUCACCCUUGCUUCUGGUCUGUAGUAUUCUGGUUGAGGACCACUAAAAAGAAUACUGCCAGGUGCCUAAAUCCGCAGAUCGACGCUCUCCUGCGCCCUCGAUAUAGUGUAGAUUUCGUAUAGGAAGUUGCAGCAGUCUCCAUCGAUUGGUGAUUCGUUUGCCAACACUCAGCUGGCGGUCACUGGGAAGAUGGGUGAAAAAGGGCGCAGAAAGCUGAUAGCUGAAUACAGCCAAUCUGACAACUUUCAAACAUCAGAAAAGCGUAAAGUUAAAGAUAACACAGAAGCCUGUUGCAGAUAUCUUGUACUUGCGCAUAUCAGUUCUGGCGGUACUGUUGCCAAAUUUGUGCUACGUAGUACUGCUCUAUGAUUUUUUAACGAUCCAGAGCUACUGUCAACUGAAGUGCCGGGGACAAGCCCAAAAACAACGAAAUAAAAAAAAAAGAACAAUGAAACCGUAAACAGAGUCGCUACCGUACCAGUACGCUUACGUACAAUGAUGCAAUAACCAGCACGGUAAUAAAGUAAAAAGCCCCAAGAAUACGAAUUACUGCUUUGCCGAAUAGAAAGAUGAACGACAAUAAAGGCCAACAGCUACAGCAUCAGAGAACAUAGAUAGAGGGGAACUGCAAUAGCUGUUGCACCGCUUGUAGAUCCAGUCGCUAGCUAGACUCUAUGCUCAUACGUGUUUCGACCCUGCGGCGGUUAAGUUUUGAAUUUUACAGAUAGCGUCUCUGGCUAAGCCAUCGUGAAAGAAAAAAAUCUUGGGAACGUCGCGUAUCAUAGUUUCGGCUUCUCGAUACCCAGUUAUUUGUAGGCGUUGUACUCAGGACGAUGCGUCCAGUGGCUACCUAGCUAUCGUGCAAGCACCUCGCGUUCAGCGUUCUCAUAGCCUGCGUCGAAAGAGCAGUUAUGGUGUGAUGAAUGAAUUCACUAAAGCCAACUACACGUCAAACAGUGACGAUCCUGCUGGAAGGGAAUGGUAAAUAUCGUCGCUGCCGUGACGUCAAGAACGUCUCUGUAGUCAUAGUAAAAAGGCGAAGCCCGACGGUGAGAUUAGGAUAGUGGAAAAGAACUUCUUUGCGAAGGUGGGAUUUUCUAGAAGAAAACGAAGUGGUCAGAUCGGGCUUUUCACAGCCAUUACCGCCACUAAAGUCCACAGUGUCGUUUCAGUAGUUCGAUAAUAUACAUGUCUGUGUUUACUUACGCGAUGAUAAAAGCAGCAGGACAACUUCCUGUUGCUCGACACUGACCGGAAGGACAUUGCAAGAAUAAAGCAACGAAACGUAUGUGGACACGUCCUGCAGACAUCGCGCGACUUCUCGAAGAACGCGCUGGCUUGAACACUGCCGCCAGCCGCUAAACGUUCAUAAGAAAUUAAUCGUCACCCUAAUAACAAUGAUAGUUGCAUAGAGAUAGUAGAUAGUAAUCUAGCUGAAAUGGCCGUUGUGUUCGUUGAGUGUAGCCUAAAUCGAAGUAGCUAAGCACUAGUGAGAUAAAAAGCGACCAAAGAAGACGACAAUUUGACUAGGUUAUUAAAUUGCCAAAUUAUAACGUUUUUACGUGUUAAGAAAAGAGAUGCACAUCCAGGCUCAUUGGAAUACCGAUGUUGGGCCUAUGGUGGACAACAAUGACCACAGGAAACGAGAAUAGGCUGCAUCAUAAUACGUAAUCAUAGUACGAGUAAUACGAGCAAGAAGUGCUGUCUGUCUGAUAGUGAGUGAUACAUUUUGACGGAUAUACGGCACCGCGACAACGCUGCUUUUCGUCGUUGGGUUUCUGUUUACGUUGAAUGAAGAAGGGCAUCUGAUGCUUCACAGGGCAAUGACAUGUCCCGACAGAGUGACACGUGAUCGAUCGCUAGAAGACGAAUAGUUUCAGUACAAGACACAACUCAAUAACGCCGUGCUCGUACGCGAGCACAGCGGUAGCGUUGUGUCGAGACGAGGCUCGUCUCCAACGCAGCAGAGCUUAGUGAUGUGAUGUUUGGUGAUCCGUCCAGUGAAAUGGGCGGCGGCGGCGUCGAUGGGGCGGAUCUGGGUUCGCCGGCCAAGGGGACAAGCGGCAAUGUAACUGCCCUCGGAGGUCUCGUAGCCCCCAAAUUGGGUGACGACAUCGAUGCUUACCUUUUUACCGUUCUCGGACCGAGGGCUCUGCCACUCGCCUGGCUAAUUCCUCUCACAGCUAUCUACACGUUCAUCUUUAUCACUGGUAUCGUUGGCAACGUAUGCACGUGUAUGGUAAUUGCGUUGAAUACGUACAUGCAGACAGCUACGAACUGUUAUCUAUUCAACUUGGCCAUCGCAGAUAUGCUCACACUACUAUGUGCGAUGCCGAUGGAACUUUACACGUUUUGGCACCAAUAUCCCUGGCAGCUGGGAAAUACAAUGUGCGAUCUACGUGCUUUGGUGACUGAGGCAACAGCGUACGCCUCCAUCCUUACGAUAGUCACUUUCAGUUUAGAAAGGUACAUGGCAAUAUGUCAUCCAAUGCGUCAGCCAACAAAAUCGAAAAUUACACGUGCCGUCUGGAAUAUUAUCGUCAUCUGGAUCCUUUCAAUUCUCGCCGCUUCUCCAUACACGUUCUUCAUGCAAGUUAACUAUCUAACAUACGAGACCGGUGAGCCAAUUCGAGCGUCCGCGUGGUGUGGCUUCCCAUUUAAUCAGCCUGACAAUUCCUGGGAGUUUCUCCUGCUAUGCUCAACGUUCGUGUUUUUCGUCGCACCCAUAUCCAUCAUCAUGGUUCUUUAUUUACGAAUCGCCGUAGCGCUCAACAAGACUCUCAAGAUGCAGCUACAACGAUCGUAUGGCGCUUCGGGAGGUUUCUGUGUGGGUCGCGCUGGGCCCGUCGCAAGCGACUGCUCCUCGCGCUAUCACAGACACGAUGGAGAGCGCUCGAAAAUGCAGAGUAGAAGAGUCGUCGUCAGAAUGCUAGCCGCUGUGGUUAUCGCAUUUUUUCUGUGCUGGGCUCCGUAUCACUCGCAACGACUUUUAUUUUUAUACGUUUCACUCCAUGGAAAUUGGAACGAAACCUUGAGAGACGCGAAUCAAAAAUUAUAUACACUUGCAGGUUGCUUCUACUACUUUAAUUCGACAAUUAACCCGAUACUUUAUAGCAUAAUGUCCAAUCGGUUCCGAGUGGCUUUUCGGGAAAAGCUGUGUCCGCCACGUUUCGGCUGUUGCGCCCUCUUCAGGCAGAAGGGUGACGACAAUAUAGCAGGUGGCCGAAGCGGACGAAGCGGAGGUGGAAACUAUCGCGCUCCAUCUGCCAGCUCCCAACCCAGUGGUGCGGCCCCGAAUAGCGCACGACUAAAGCACGGUGUACAUGGCACGACGCAUCCAUCGAAGCAUACGACACCCUCAGUGAAAUGGACGUCAAAAGAUAAAGCUGGGCAGCAAGAAAUGAAUAACGCUGAUGGACGAGAUAAUAGUCGAACGCUUAUUUAUGACAGUCAGCAUCACAUCAAAGUACCUGUCAUACGAAAAUUCAGCCUAUCUGGAACUCAAAGUGAAGGGAAUCUUAUUUAUGGAUGUCGUACAGCGGUUAAGGAUAGUUCGAUCCACGUGCGUCGGCCUGCACAGAGCGGGGCUGCACUUAAUAGUUCCGAGGUUUUAGUCUACGAAAGCGAGCUUAAUGAAGCGCUUCAAAGCGUCUUCGAAAAAAACAAGCGCGCUUCCGCUGGAAGUGUUGGCAGUGCGACAGCCCUUUGUCACGAUUGCACAUCCUGCGCUUCCCUAUUUGUGGCCGGGCGUUCAGCCGCUAUAAACGGUGCCAUCCAGGACGAUGGAACAAACGGCCAUUCGAGGUCACGGGAUGACUCGUCAUAUCAACAGGAGCCGUCACCGAAAGUUAACAAGAGUCAGGCAUACUACAGGAGCAUCAGCGGAUUGACAACGCAUUCGCUAACGACUCAACAAACGAAUAACUUCUCCGAGUCGACGGUCUGAUGCGCCACCAUGAUCAGUAGCUGAUGUCAAGUAUCGAAAUCCCUUGUUCCCGUUGUAACGUCAUUUCCCGUUGAUCUUAUCAACCGAAUGAUCAUAAUUUUGUGGUGAGGCAAUUACGAUAUUUAGUCACUACGGAGCAACCAGCGUAUCGUUCGGACACUGGCCUUGCUAAGAUCUGAUACUGCGAGCUGCAGCCAAGCCACAAACUCUUCGAGUUGGAAAAUAUCAUCUCACCUUCAAGGAACACCGUUUAUGCCUUUCUUGGUUGUGGGCUCGAACGCGCUGCAGUUGAUUCAACGUGUACGUCGACCGCGUUUUUCGGCUCUUAUAGGUUGGAAUAUCAAUCAACCGGGAGAACUAGUGAGCAACUUCUUAACGGCGGCCGAACGUGAGGAUCUGUGGCUCUCUGGUUAGAAAAGCUCGUUUUACCUGCCCAUUUUUUGACGAUGACGAAAACGAUAAUAUGUGUUUCCAGCAAAAAAGAAAAACAUGCAAACACAGGGAGAUUAAUAAUAGUGCGUUUUGCGUCAACCAAUGAAGUGACAUUGUAUAGUUGGUGAAUAUAUUCAAUUAUUAUAUAUAGUAUAUUUGGACUGAAAUUGACUAGUGGAUAAGGAGAACACUAAAGGGGACAGUCACUUACAAAACAUCUUUUACUGGGAUUUUUUGGUGUUUUUCUGGAAUCUAUUAAUGACUCAAAAUGAAAAUGCCGUCUUUCGGCACAUGAAAUCAUGUUAAUUUCUGCAGUUUGUAUAACAAAACUUUUCUGAAGUGAGUGUGGUAACUGCCGUCAGGCGGAGAAAGCAGUAUUAAACAUGUCUGCCCCUAAGUUCUGCUCAAAAAGUUCUACGAAGUUUAAUUUAGGGUAGGAACGAUAGAACUUUCCUUUACUGAGCUACAUAUUUAAGUUUAAUUAUUAUUUUACCCUAUACAACUGUUUUGUCUGUUACAACAAAGGAGUUUUGCUAAUAACGUGACCAUUGGUUCGUGACAAUCGAAUAUUAUUCAAGAUGUCAACAUAGUCUCAAGAGUUGAUUUCAAAAAUAUGGUGGUAGGGUAGAUAAUUUCACAGGAUGAAUAUAGCAGGUGCGCCAAUACAUACGCAUAUACAACUGUAUAAGAAUGGUUUAGAUAGAUGGAAGGAUACGAGGAUGCGCGAAUAAUGGAGCUGCUUGGCCUCAUUAAAGCUUUUUCCGUCCCUGUAUAUAUGAUACCAAUACAAUUGUGCUGUUCCAACACAUUAUGAUCUUGGAGACGAUAUGCUAAAGCUAACAAAUGGUAUACAUCAUGGAAUAUCGUAUUGAAUGGCGAUUCUCUACUGGGAAAAAGGCACGAUUGAUAAUGGUAACGAACAUUUGACGAUUCUGUCAUAAGAUGGCAACAACAAGCACAUGCAGAAGCUAGCGCAACGCGCACAUAGAAAAAUAGCUUUUCCUACUACAGUCGGUCUCUAGUAUAUGGCUAUGUAUGAAUAAAGAUACAUAGAAAAGAUACAGAGAUCAGUUUCAACAUGAAGCUAAAUAGUCCCUUUCGCACAUUCAGAAACCAUAUUCAGACUACCCUCAGCUAUGUAUAACGGCUGUUAGGAUAUUACUCAAUGCUACGAAUAGAUAAAAACAACUUAUAUCAACGUCCGAGGAAGGUUUGUACAUGUGAAGCUGUGUAUAAAUAGUAAGAAAUGAAAUUGUAAACGUUCAAUAUAUUUUCUAUCCCCGAGAAAGCAUCGCUUGAACAAAGUUGUCAAUAUUUUCUGUGUCGAUAACUGUGGGUCAUAUUUGUGGGUAUUUCAUUAGCGCGCUUGAAUGUCUCUCAUGUACAUAUUAA